UCCCUUCGCCUUUUGUUCGGUUACUGAGUUGCUGCCUUGGCCAGAGUCCGGAGCAGCCGCCGCCCGAGCGCGCCGACCUCAGUUCGCCGCCCGCGCCGGCUCCCAUCCCGGCCCGACUCCUGCCCAGCCCGGCCAGGCUCCACACGCAGUGGCCACCAUGGAGGUGAUGAACCUGAUCGAACAACCCAUCAAGGUGACCGAGUGGCAACAGACAUACACCUAUGACUCCGGCAUCCACUCGGGCGCCAACACCUGCGUGCCCUCAGUCAGCAGCAAGGGCAUCAUGGAGGACGAUGAGGCCUGUGGGCGCCAGUACACGCUCAAGAAGACCACCACGUACACCCAGGGGGUGCCCCAGGGCCAAGGUGACCUGGAGUACCAGAUGUCCACGACUGCCAGAGCCAAGCGGGUGCGGGAGGCCAUGUGUCCUGGCGUGACAGGCGAGGAGAGUUCGCUGCUGCUGGCCACCCAGGUGGAGGGGCAGACCACCAACCUGCAGCGGCUGGCCGAGCCAUCCCAGCUGCUCAAGUCGGCCAUCGUGCAUCUCAUCAAUUACCAGGACGACGCUGAGCUGGCCACCCGGGCCCUGCCCGAGCUCACCAAGCUGCUCAAUGAUGAGGACCCGGUGGUGGUGACCAAGGCAGCCAUGAUCGUCAACCAGCUGUCGAAGAAGGAGGCGUCACGGCGGGCGCUGAUGGGCUCCCCCCAGCUGGUGGCGGCCGUCGUGCGCACCAUGCAGAACACCAGCGACCUGGACACGGCCCGCUGCACCACCAGCAUCCUACACAACCUCUCCCACCACCGCGAGGGGCUGUUGGCCAUCUUCAAGUCAGGCGGCAUCCCUGCCCUGGUCCGCAUGCUCAGCUCCCCCGUGGAGUCGGUCCUGUUCUACGCCAUCACCACGCUGCACAACCUGCUGCUCUACCAGGAGGGCGCCAAGAUGGCGGUGCGCCUGGCGGACGGGCUGCAGAAGAUGGUGCCCCUGCUCAACAAGAACAACCCCAAGUUCCUGGCCAUCACCACCGACUGCCUGCAGCUGCUGGCCUACGGCAACCAGGAGAGCAAGCUCAUCAUCUUGGCCAAUGGAGGACCCCAGGUCCUCGUGCAGAUCAUGCGCAACUAUAGUUACGAGAAGCUGCUCUGGACCACAAGCCGUGUGCUCAAGGUGCUGUCUGUGUGUCCCAGCAACAAGCCCGCCAUCGUGGAGGCUGGUGGAAUGCAGGCCCUGGGCAAACACCUGACGAGCAACAGCCCCCGCCUGGUGCAGAACUGCCUCUGGACCCUGCGCAACCUCUCCGAUGUGGCCACCAAGCAGGAGGGCCUGGAGAGCGUGCUGAAGAUUCUGGUGAACCAGCUGAGUGUGGACGAUGUCAACGUCCUCACCUGCGCCACGGGCACCCUGUCCAAUCUGACGUGCAACAACAGCAAGAACAAGACGCUGGUGACGCAGAACAGUGGCGUGGAGGCCCUCAUCCACGCCAUCCUGCGCGCCGGAGACAAGGACGACAUCACGGAGCCGGCUGUCUGCGCCCUGCGCCACCUCACCAGCCGCCACCCUGAGGCCGAGAUGGCCCAGAACUCCGUGCGCCUCAACUACGGCAUCCCGGCCAUUGUUAAGCUGCUCAACCAGCCCAACCAGUGGCCCCUGGUCAAGGCCACCAUUGGCCUGAUCAGGAAUCUGGCCCUGUGCCCAGCCAACCACGCCCCCCUGCAGGAGGCAGCGGUCAUCCCCCGCCUCGUCCAGCUGCUGGUCAAGGCCCACCAGGAUGCCCAGCGCCAUGUGGCUGCAGGCACACAGCAGCCCUACACAGAUGGCGUGAGGAUGGAGGAGAUCGUGGAGGGCUGCACUGGAGCCCUGCACAUCCUCGCCCGGGACCCCAUGAACCGCAUGGAGAUCUUCCGACUCAACACCAUCCCUCUGUUUGUGCAGCUCCUGUACUCCUCGGUGGAGAACAUCCAGCGCGUGGCCGCCGGGGUCCUGUGUGAGCUGGCCCAGGACAAGGAGGCAGCCGACGCCAUUGAUGCUGAGGGGGCCUCGGCCCCACUCAUGGAGCUACUGCACUCCCACAACGAGGGCACUGCCACCUACGCGGCUGCCGUCUUAUUCCGCAUCUCCGAGGACAAGAACCCAGAUUACCGUAAACGCGUGUCUGUGGAACUCACCAACUCCCUCUUCAAGCAUGACCCUGCUGCCUGGGAGGCUGCCCAGAGCAUGAUCCCCAUCAAUGAACCCUAUGCAGAUGACAUGGAUGCCACCUACCGCCACAUGUGCUCGAGUGACGGGCUCCUGGACCCCCUGGAUAUGCACAUGGACAUGGACAGGGACUGUCACCUCGACACCUACAGCGACGGCCUGCGGCCCCCCUACCCCACGGACCACAUGCUGGCCUAGCUGCUCGGCCCCAGUACGGCGCCCUCCACUUUGCAGCCCUCCCUCCUGCCUGCCAGCUGCUGAGACAUGCUUUCCCUCUCUCCUAGAACCUCCUUCUCAUGGAGGCCUUCCCGUCCUUCUAGAACCUCCUUCUCACGGAGGCCCUCUCCUGUUGCCAUUGAAACCCUGGCUCCUUUUCGGGGGGAAUGAGUGUGGGGCCUCUUGCUGUUGAGUUCCCCCGAGGAAGGCGUGCCUUGGCUGCCUUAUUCUGUUAUCCUUCCUGGCCGUGGGGAGUCCUGCCCCUUCUGUGGGUAGCAAGUGGGUGACACGGGGUGGCACGAGCUCGUAGAGGACACUGGCCUGCCCUGACCCUACUGUGUCUGCCCCACCCCCCAGGUGCACUUCCUCGUCUGUGA